UUCAUGUUUCCAAACACUCCAAAUUUUUUUAAUAGUCCUAUUCAAGUCUCCAAACACUCCAAUUUUGUACUUGAGUUUUAAUAAGAUAGAUGCAUGGUCAAAUGACUUAUAUUGUACAUGCGUCCUACUUUUUUGCAAGUUUAGCAUAGAAACUAUAUUGGUUGAGAUUUUUAUUCUAAUUUUUAUUAUGAAUUUUUGCAAGUUAAGAGUAGAAACUUUAUUGGUUGAGUUUUUUAAUAUUAUCAUUUAUUCAUAUUGUUAUUGUAAUUUUUAUAAUCACAAAUUGGUUGAUAUCUUUGAGUAAAUAAAUUCAAAAAAUCGUGUUACUCCAUAUUCUUUUUUUUUUUGUAACUGAACUCCAUAUUCUUCCAAUUACAUUAAGAUAAAGUGAUAGUGAAGCUGUAAAAAGUAAUGGUAAGAAUUAUUAUUACAACUGAUAUUCUUUACAUUUGUUAUAGAUAGAUGAUAUUAUUAAUAUCUAGAAAACCCUUUAUCAAAAAAAGAUAUGACAAAACAAAAUAUAUAGAUAGAUAAUUUUGCAAGAAGUUAAUGGUACAUAAACAAAACAAAAUACAUAGAAUCAUAGAUAGAUACAAAUCUGUUAAUGUCUAGUUUACCAAACAAAAAAUAUUUGUUAAAGUGUAGAUAAACUCAAAUGUAAACUCAAAUAUAUUACUACUCUCUAUAUAAAUACUUGGACAUCAUUCAUAAUGAAUACAAACCUAAAGCUCACUCAAUACCAACAAAAAAACAAAAAAACGCUCUCAAUUCUUCACCACGAUGAGUCGAUCAGUAAUUCUAGCUUUUUUCUCAGCCCUUGCAGUAAUGGCCGUUGUCUCCGGCACGGUGGAAGACACAAUCCGAAGGGUUGUCGAUGCCUUGGCUGACGCCUCGUUUGAAGAGUGGUCACCUACUUUUAUUGAAACUAAUGAUAAAAUCCGUGGCGACGUUCUCCGAUCAACGCUCUUCAUUCCAGACAUCUCGGCCAACUUGUCCGGUCGUGAAGACAGACACAAGGUGGCUGCGUACCACAUUGUCACGGAGAGACUUGAAUAUUUUGAUCUUCUCUCCAAGCCAAAUCAAACGCGACUACCGACUCUUCUCAAGGACUACUCAAUUGUGGUAACCAACAAUUCAGAGUCUGGUUUUAGUGUCAAUGGCGUUCUCAUCACAGAAACUGAGGUCUUUGCCGAUAGAUACAUUGCCAUUCACUGCAUUGCAUCACCCCUGGAUUUCAAAACGUACGGUCGCACUGACUCUUAAGCCUAGUGGCCACCCUUGAACGCCACCUUGAACCUGAGAAACAAUCUGCGUAUUAGAAAUUGUAUGUCCUGUUUUGCCCACUGAUUUGUGGCUCUGUUUUUCUUGUUCUUUAGAUUUUCUUUUCGCCUUUUUCUAAUCCCAUGUAAUAAAGGCUUAAUUUGAUAGAAAUUAUGGCACUAAUAAUUAUCAUGGUUUUAAAUAGGCUUAAACACUUUUCACAUCCCCCACCGUUUCAUGGUUUUGUUAAAAUACGUAAGCAUCGUUAGAGCCUUUGUACGUGUGAAAUAAGUCAUAAGCUCAAUGACGGUGGGAAUAUUCACAGAUGAUAAGUUUUAGAUUACUAUGGUUUCUGAUAAUGUUCAUGGAUCUAGUUACAAAGUUGAGAAGCAGUGAUUUAGUUUUUUUUCUUUCCAGUCACUUAUGUUUUGUGUUUCAUUAGUAAACUUUCAAGUAAUGAAAAGGUUAAAAGUUUGGUAUGUACUCACUUUUGACAAUGGAAUCUUGUUCUGUUCAGAGUAAACUGUUUGGUCAAAGGUUAAAGAACAUGUUCUCGUUUGGUAGAACGUAUAAGAUACAAAAUUCUGUCCUUUAGAAGUUCUCACGUACCUUAUUUCGAGCUUACUAAUAAACCAGUAAGAAACUUUUCUUCAAUUAACCAGUAUAUGACUACAAAAUUAAUGUUAAUUUGGAAAGCCUUUAAUGCAAAAACAAAGCCUCUACUGAGGCUUAUAAUGUCAAUGUUAUAAGUUAAAUUUGUUUAAUUUGAGAUUGAGAAUAUCAAAGUAAACCGGGUUUAAUUCAACAUUAAAUUAAAUUUGGUUUACUCAAACCCAGAUUACCGUAUAAAAUUUUGCCACUUCAUAAAUAAAUAAAAAGUCUACUACAAAUUUAAAUCGGAUAUGUAAUUCUGCCAUUAAAAAAUAAGUCUUAACACAAAAAUCUAUCAUUUAUAGCAAAUUUGUUACAUCAUUUGACAGACAUAUCUCUAAAAUUUGUUUUCAAAUCAAAUCGGACAAUCAAUUCUGUCGUAUAAACAAAUCUGCUUUAUCAUUCAGAAGACAUAUCUGUGAAAAUCUGUUUUCAAAUAAAAUCGGCUAAUUAAAUCUGUCAUACAAACAAAUCUGUCGUUUUUAAGAAAAUCGGACACUACUCUAUUGACAGAUUUAAUUUUCUAAACAAAUCUUGUAGAUAGACUUAAUAUUCGAUAGAUUUAUUUUUUGGAAACAAAUCUACCAUCGAUCAAUUUCCAAGGAUAAUUUUGUAAUUCGUUUUUUUUUUUGCUACAACUAUACAAAAGGGUAGUUUAGACCAGAAAUAUAUUCUAGUAUUUUUUUUUAAAAUAUGAGUUAUUCUAAUAAUAACACAAUAUAUUUGUUUCAUUCUAGUAAACUUUUCUCCUUAUAAUUAUUCUCAAAAAGUUUUAUAAUACAAUAAUAAUGUACAGCAAAAAAAUCUUUUAAUACAUAGAAUGGUACUAAGAAUAGAAAACAUCGUAAGAUUAUUUUACAAAGUCUUUUUUUUUAUAACUAUGGUGUGAUCCUAAAGGUUUGCCCAAAGACUAAUCACCAUGAGACCAAUAGAAAUCUAGAUUUCUUACAGUCUUUUUUUAUAAAAAAUGUUCAACUUAGCUAACGUAUGCUCUCCAAUCACAAUUCGUUUAGUUUUUCUGCUUAUUUCCAAGUAGAAUUAGGCUGUAUAACCAUCAAACAAAUUAUAAUUUAUUGUAUGACAAAAAAAAACAAGCUUGUAAAUAUGUAUUGUGUCUUUUGUAUAAUAUUGCCAUUAUACCCUUGUAUACAAUCGUUGUCUAUUCUUCACCACUGGAUCUGUAAAACAAAAACAGAGUAUGAAAACAAAAGCAUGAUUGUGAGAAUCAAUUGAUUUAAGAAAAAAAAGAAAAGAAAUGAAAGAGUUGUUGUGUGUGCUCACCAUCUAUGAUUUCAUCGUUGUCUCUUCUUUAGAACAAUUGAUUGUUCUUUUGGUGAGAAUAAAUUCAAUUCAACGAUGUGGCGAGCCAGACGAAACCCGAGACCACCUAUUUUUUGUGUGCCCGUACUCCUAUACUGUUUGGACUGACUUGACAGGCUCUCUUCUGCCUCGGCCAAAUCCAGACUGGAGUAUUACCAUCAACACCCUGCUUUCUCCUCGCCGUAAUAAGGUUGAUUCCUGCCUGCUUCGGCUGGCUUUUCAAGGAUCAAUCUACUCACCGUGGAGAGAACGCAAUGGUCGGAAACAUAACAACUCUUGGAACUCCCCGGCUCAGCUUGUGCGAUUGCUAGACAGAACCAUACGGAACAGAAUCUCCUCCCUUCGCGGCAGGAAUCCUGAAUUCAGUAGCCUCCUUAUGCAAAGAUGGUUGGGAAAGAAUUAAAAUGAUGGACCUGCAAUAGCUCUUUCAAAAUUUCAGUAUUGUAAACAUUUUUUCUUUUGUUGAUAUAUAAAUUUAACAUUUCAACCAAAAAAAAAAAAAAAAAAUAGACAACGAUGAAAGCGUAGACGGACGGUGAGCACACAACAACUCUUUCAUUUUUUUUCUUUUUUUUUUUCUUAAAUCAAUUGAUUCUCACAAUCAUGCUUUUGUUUUCAUACUCUGUUUUCGUUUCUGUUUUUGUUUUACAGACCCAGUGGUGAAGAACAACGACGGCGAGCCGGUAAAAGCAUCGUCGUGUCGG